GACGGCAAAUUCAGAAAAGUGCGACCGAGGAGGACCGUCGACUAUGGUGGGCCUAUGGGCAGAUGGACACUGCUCCGAAAAUUACGGCCAUCACCAACAUACACCCCGUACCUAAGGCCUGCACCUCCGUACAUUAUUGAUCUGCUUCCUCCGAAGGCAUAUCCAGACAACGCGUCCACGUCACUCUGUACGAAGUUUGUGCAUACAUCCACCAACAAAAUCCGAUGUCCCGUUAACUGCGUCACGUGGACGCCCGAAGGCCGUCGCGUGCUCACGGGCUCGACCAGCGGCGAGUUUACGCUCUGGAACGGCCUGACCUUCAAUUUCGAGACGAUCCUACAAGCGCACGACAGCGCGGUGCGGACGAUGCAAUUCUCGCAUUCUGGGCUCUACCUGGCUUCAGCAGACCAGAGUGGCGUUAUCAAGUAUUUUCAGCCAAACAUGAACAACUUGACCGCCUGGCAAGGCCAUCGUGAAGCCAUCCGAGAUGUGAGCUUCAGCCCGGACGACGGCAGGUUUGCCACGGCCAGUGAUGACUCUACCAUUCGGAUCUGGUCGUUUGAAGAAAGCAGAGAGGAGCGCGUUCUCACAGGCCACGGCUGGGACGUGAAGUGUGUGCAAUGGCAUAAGACGAAAGGUCUACUUGUCUCGGGAAGUAAAGACAACAUGAUCAAGUUUUGGGAUCCACGAUCAGGGACUGUACUUUCCACUCUACACUAUCACAAGAAUACCAUCCAAGCACUGCAGUGGUCUCCAGAUGGCAACUUGGUCGCCAGUGCUUCUCGUGACCAGACCGUCCGUGUCUUCGACAUCCGUGCCAUGAAGGAGUUCCGAGUGCUCAGGGGACACAAGAAGGAAGUUUGCUCUCUGGCCUGGCACCCCCUCCACCCCAUCCUCGUCUCCGGCGGCUCGGAGGGUGCCGUUCUGCACUGGGAUCUCUCUGCGGCUGCCAUCCCAGAGCCAUCCUCAGGUCCUUCGACAACAGGCAUCCAGACCGGCCCACGCGCGACGCUCUCGCAGGCGCACGACUCGAACGUCUGGUCGAUGAUGUACCACCCGAUGGGACACAUCCUCGUGACGGCCUCGAACGAUCACACGACGCGCUUCUGGUGCCGCGAGCGGCCAGGCGACGCGUCGUCGGUCUUCUCCGGCGGGGGCGAGAAGCCGCCUGAGGCAAGUGGUCAGGACGACGACGACGACGACGCGUUUGUGCCCGGCUUUAGCAGCGCCGCGUGGGACGAGGGCGUGGGACCGGCCGCAAACGGGCAGGACCCCUACGCGAGAGACGAGGACGCCAUCCCCGGGUUCGGGGGCGCCGCAGAGACUAUCCCCGGGUUUGAUGCGAACAGCGUGCCUGCGCCGCAUCCUGGCAGGCAAAACGGCUCCAUGCACCAGGAGGAUGCGAGCUAUGGACGAAUGGACGACGAUCAGUGGGGUCGCGGUGGUGGUGGUGGCAGCGGCGGUGGCAGCGGUAGCGGGGGUAGCGGCUAUGGUCGUGGUGAUAGCGGGUAUAAUCGAGAGGGACGCGGUGGCGGGUACGAUCGUGGUGGUGGCUACGGUGGCGAUGGGGGAGGUGGUGGAUAUGGUCGUGGUGGGCGUGGUGGAGGAAGAUGGGGAAACCGUCGCCCGAGGUACUGAGCUUCGUAUAGGCAACACUACCUUUGCUUUUUGUUUCAUACCGUGUAUUGAAUCAAACAUCACUCGAUGAAGUAUUGUCGC